AUGUCUAAACAUCAUCCUCCGUGGAUUACAAAGAACAUAACAAAAGCAGGCCCCAGCUCUGCCAGAAAUCUAAAGUCCACUAAAAGUCACACUAAGGAAUUAAUUUCCGUACCUAAAAAUAAUUUAAAUUUUAAUUUUAAAAUGUCUUAUGCUGAUGUUGUUAAACAAAUUCCGAGAUCGGAAUCAAAAUUGAAAUCGGAAUCAAAACAAAUCGUGAUUGCCAACCGAACUAUUAAUAUCAAGUCGGUUAAUUUAAAUUCAAGACAAAAAAAAUUCAGUAGAAAUAUUAAGAUGUCAGAUAAUAAGCAAAUCGACUACGAAACUUGUAUUUCAGUAUUUGUCCAACAACCAAAUGAAGCAUUUGAAGAUUUAAUUGUUAAGGAGGUUGGUCACUUAUGUAAUAGAAUUUAUGUUCCAGAAUUGAAACCAAAACUUGUUCAAUUAAUUAUAGAUAGCAAAGAAAAUUAUCAAGAAGCAAUAAGAAUUCUCAAUAAUAUGGUUACAAAAACUAAUACGAAAUUCCUUCCUUCCCCUAUGAACUUUACUCCAACUAAUCAUACCGUCAAAUAUCAUUCAGAAAAAUUAGAUUUUAUUAAUCACCAAAUUUCUAAUAUUAUUGAUGCAGUAUGGCAUAGUAAGAUUAAUAUCUCACAAAUGAAUCUCAGUUUUGAUAGAACUACUCAAAUCUACAAGUUAAGAGUUGCUCUUAUUAACUCAAAUGGAAAAGAUGAGCUAUUGAAAAAUGGUUUUCAAGAAUAUAAGUCAAUGGAUCAAAUUCUUAAAGAAUGUCAAUUUGAAGCCACCUGCAAUUUCCCUACAUCAUUCCAAGAAAAGGAUAUCAUUGAGGCAGUUAAAGAAAUUAGUAAAUUGGCUGACGUUCAAUUUCGUCGCAGUAACCUUACUAUUACCAAGUUGAAAGCAACCUAUCUCCAUAAUAGAGAAUAUUAUGCAGUUAAUUACAAACUUCAAAACGAAGAGGAAUUGAAAGCAUUUAUAUCAAAGGCGAUUAGAUGUAAGGGAUCUAAAGAUAAUUCCAAGAAAAUCUUUAAAAGAUUUAAAUCUACUGCUGAAUACUUGAAGAAGAAAUUACAAUCAAAUAAUACUGAUAACCAUGAAAAUUUAACCAGUAGUUCUAUCAUUAUUGAUAUUAAUAAGAGACUUACUAGAAUGGAAGAGAAAAUUGAAACUCAAGUUGCAAAGACUUCUAAUCAUGAACUAAAAUUACAAAAUUUUGAUGAAAGAAUGAACAAGUUCUUAGAAAGUUUGGAACAAUUAAGAUUUUUAACAAUGAAUUUCAAGAAUAUUGGUAAUGCAAAGGAAGGUAUGAACGACGAAGGCUAUGAGGAUUACAAUCCUCAUGUAAAUCACUCUCGUUAUGAUUGA